CACAAUUGAGACACGUCAUCAGUCCCAAGAUGGCAGCGUCCGUGGUUGAGUCGUUUAGAGAGCUGCUGGUUAAGUUUCUCAUGCCAGAGAAAUGUUUCGACGAGUUUUUCGUAAACUUCAAUCUUCUACACGUGCCCUGUCUGAAGGUGGCACUCAGCAAAGGGCUGGGAAUAGGAAUCAUCCUCGGAUCGGUGAUGGUAAAACUGCCCCAGAUCAUCAAGCUGUACAGGGCGAAGAGUGGCGAGGGACUGAGCUUCAAUUCCAUCCUGCUGGAGAUGCUGGCCAUCACCGGGACUAUGGCCUAUAGUAUAGCCAACAAUUUCCCCUUCAGUGCCUGGGGGGAAGCCCUUUUCCUGAUUGUUCAGACGGUGACAAUCGGAUUCCUUAUCCAGCACUAUGGAGGAAACACCCUGAGAGGUGUGGGCUUCCUCGCCGUCUACAUCGCCCUGGUGUCGCUUCUGCUGUCCCCUCUGGUGCCCAUGGCAGUUAUCACCGCCAUGCAAGCCACCAACAUGCCAGCUGUCGUCGUUAGUCGGCUCAUACAGGCGGCUACCAACUACCGCAAUGGACACACUGGCCAGCUGUCGGCGCUUACAGUCUUCCUGCUGUUCGCCGGCUCCCUGGCGCGGAUCUUCACCUCUGUCCAGGAGACGGGAGACUCCCUGAUGGCGCUGACCUACUGCGUGUCCUCGGCCUGCAACGGCCUCAUCGCUGGCCAGCUGCUGUACUACUGGAACGCCAGGCCUGCGCCGAAGAGGAAGGCCAAGAAGAAAGCAGCAUGAGAGAGGGGCGGCUGCCCAGCCCCCCCACUCUGUCCAGGACCAAAGUCCACCUCCGGGCGGAAAGGACUCAAAUUCCCGUUCGGCGCCAGCGGACAGCCCUGUCUGCCCGCCCAGCCUCGGGUUGUUCCCACAGGGCCCACGCGCUUCUUUUUUUUCUUUCCUUCCCGUUAUUUGUCCAUUGCUCACAGUUUGUGUGAAAGAGGGGUGUCAGACACACACACACACACACUUUUCUGGGCUUUCCAGCUCCUGAUUAUUCCUAAUCCUUUCAUUCCAGUUUCAGACCACGUCUGAUUGUAGGGAUGGUACAUUUUUCCCCGCCUUUGUUUCCUUUUUUUCCCCCCCGUGAAUCCUGUAACUUGAAUCAGUUUCAUUUUGAAGAAUAAAAUGAGUUCAGAUAUGA